UAUGGUUACAUUAUGGUUUCCAUAUACGUAAUUAAAGCAUAAACCUCCUUCCCGAAUGGUGCAGCAGCUCAGCCAGAAAAAAAAAUUGUUUUUGUUUCUUGGUACCUAUUUGUACCUACUAUUUGGCGAUUUGAUUUUGAUGAUUGUCAUUGACAACAUUGAUCUUUUCACUUUUGGCGUCGUCGGCGUCGCACAGAGGCUACUUCACCUGCAGUAGUGAAAAUAUUCGUUUCGGCUUAGACUUUUGGUAAAUACUCGUUUAGAUUUAUUUCACCAUAUCUUUUUAGCGCUUUCUUCGGUUAAGAGUUCAAGACAUCAAGAUGUCUGACGGAAGAGGACGAGGACGUGGUCGUGCUGGUCGAGGUGAUCGUGGGGCACCGGCACCGCGACGUCCUGGCGAACAUAUUCAGCAGGCAGCGCCUCCUAGACAACAACCGCCCACAGCUUGGGGGGCACCAUCUGUAGCGCCCCCUGCGAGAGCUGGUGUUCCGCAGUCAUCUGAUCCAGCUGGUAGAGCAUCCCACCGGUCCACCACAUCCACACCUAGACCCCAUCCUGGGGAUAUAGAUAUUCAACAGCAGAUGAAACAGUUAGAUAUCGGUAAACCUGCACAUGGCGGUGGGGACACACCACGAGGGGCGUACCGCGGAGGCAAGGCAUUGCCCGAACAUAUCACAGUGCUGCGGACGAGGCCGGCAGCCUUAACAUCAAAGAAAGGGUCAUUUGGAAAUCCUAUUGAUCUGACAGCUAAUUAUUUCACUGUGGAGACAACUCCUCAAUGGUGCUUAUACCAAUAUCAUGUAACGUUCUCACCUGAAGAAGAUCAUACCGGCAUCCGGAAAUCACUUCUACGAGUUCAUGGGAAGAAUCUGGGCGGAUAUCUCUUUGAUGGCACUUCCUUGUACACCGUUAAGAAACUGCAUCCAGAUCCGCUCGAGGUUUACUCGGAACGUAAGAAUGAUGGAGAACAGAUCAGAAUUAUCAUCAAGGCAAUAUGUGCUGUUAGCCCGGGAGACUACCACUAUAUACAAAUUUUUAAUAUAAUCAUAAGGAAAUGUUUCAACUUAAUGAAGCUACAGUUGAUGAACCGAGACUUCUUUGAUCCAGAUGCAAAGAUUGACAUUCCUGAGUAUAAGCUCCAGAUAUGGCCCGGCUACAAAACAACUAUAAAUCAAUAUGAAGACCGGCUCUUGAUGGUCACUGAAAUUACACACAAGGUUCUGCGUCUGGACACUGUGAUGCAAAUGUUGCGGGAGUAUGGUGCCACCAAAGGCACUCAUUAUAAAAAAAUAUUUACAGAAGACAUUAGUGGCAAAAUUGUAAUGACUGAUUACAAUAAAAAGACAUACAAAGUUGAUGACGUAAACUGGAACGUGAAUCCACUCUCCACAUUCAAAAUGAAAGAUGAAGAUAUUAGCUACGUCGAUUACUAUUAUAAGAAGUACAACAUCCGCGUCUCGGACGUGAGCCAGCCGCUGCUGGUGUCUCGCUCCAGCGCCCGCGAGCUGCGCGCCGGGUUGCCGCCGCUGGUGUUCCUCGUGCCGGAGCUGUGCCGCCUCACGGGCAUCUCGGACGCCAUGCGCUCCGACUUCCGCCUCAUGAAGGCGCUCGACACGCACACCAAGAUCGGGCCCGACGCGCGCAUCCAGAAGCUGCUGCAGUUCAACCGCCGCCUCACGCAGACGCCCGAGAUUGUAGCCGAACUGUCGUCGUGGUCGUUGAGAGUGGCGAAGGACUUGGUCAAGUUCAAGGGGCGUCAGCUCCCGCCAGAGAAUAUUUUCCAGGCUAACAAUGUCAAAUAUCCUGCAGGGGACACUACAGAGGGAUGGACCAGAGACAUGAGAUCAAAGAACUUACUGACUAUAGCCAACAUGAAUUCAUGGGUGGUUCUCACCCCAGAGAGGCUGAGACAGGAUACAAAGUCUUUUGUGGAUCUCAUUAUGAAGACAGGAAGUGGUGUAGGAUUCUGUCUGCCUGUGCCUGAGAUGGUAACAAUUCAGCGCGACUCGUCCGGCGAAUACGCGAACAUGUGCGAGAACAUCAUCGCACGCAAGAACCCCACCAUGAUACUGGUGGUGCUCGCCAGGAACGCUGCAGACAAAUAUGAAGCUAUCAAGAAGAAGUGUACAGUGGACCGCGCCGUCCCCACUCAAGUAGUCUGCGGCAGAAACCUGACCAGCAAGAGUGCCAUGUCCAUAGCAACGAAGGUUGCUAUCCAGAUGAAUUGUAAGCUGGGCGGUGCGCCGUGGUCGGUGGAGAUCCCGCUGCCCACGCUCCUGGUGAUCGGCUACGACGUGUGCCACGACACGCGCUGCAAGGAGAAGAGCUACGGCGCCUUCGUGGCCACCCUGGACCGCCAGAUGACGCAGUACUACUCGGCCGUCAACGCGCACAGCUCGGGCGAGGAGCUGUCCGCGCACAUGAGCUUCAACAUCGCCACCGCGCUCAAGAAGUACAAGGAGCGCAACGGUACAUUACCGGGGACGAUAUUCAUUUAUCGAGAUGGCGUCGGUGAUGGACAAAUACCAUAUGUGUCCAGCCACGAAGUUGCCGAAAUUAAGAAGAAAUUGACGGAAAUAUACGGAACACCCCAGUUCAAGUUGGCCUACAUCAUCGUGUCGAAGCGAAUCAACACUCGCAUAUUUGUGGACCGCGGCCGCUCCGGAGAGAACCCGCGCCCCGGCACCGUCAUCGACGACGUCGUCACGUUGCCGGAACGAUACGAUUUCUUCCUCGUGUCUCAGAACGUGCGCGAGGGAACCAUUGCGCCCACUUCAUAUAACGUGAUAGAGGACACUUCAGGGUUGCCGCCGGAUCGGAUCCAGCGCCUCACGUACAAGCUGACCCACAUGUACUUCAACUGCUCGAGCCAGGUGCGCGUGCCGUCCGUGUGCCAGUACGCCCACAAGCUGGCCUUCCUCGCCGGCAACAGCCUCCACAGCCCGCCGCACUACUCGCUCAGCGAGACGCUCUACUUCCUGUGAGCCCUGCGUCCUCCGUUGACCCCACCGUUGUGCACACUCUGUCAAACUUGAUCUAUUUAGUUAAGUCGUCAAUUAGGAGUACGUUAUGACGGCCCUUUUGAUCCUAUACACAUGAUCUUAAAAACAAUAGAAUAGAGAUUAUCUAUUCUAUGAAAUAAAAAAAGCGUUAUUUUCUCAAAAAUAUUUGCUAUGUGAAUAUGUAAUAAAGAAAUUUAAUUGAUAGAAGCUUGAGUUGGUGCAUUAAUUGACGAAACAUAAUCUGUCUUGUCUUAUUGUUUGAAGAGUCACAUCACUUUCUACCGAUAAUCUGCUAAAUAUUUUGACUUCUGAACCUAUGUUGCCUGCAGAAAAACAAGUUGUAAUUUUGGUGUGGUAUACCUGAUAGUAUAGCGCAUGAAGAUCCAUCAAAAUAACUCUGUAUGGCAGUUUGUUUGUAAAAGAUACCAGUCACACAGUCUUGUUCGCUCUUACGUUUUUAAACAUGUAACCAAAUCUUCAGUCUUACUUUACUUAUUAGAAUACAUAUUAAUAUGUAUGUCAAAAUGGCCGUCAUCACAUACCACUAGUGUAAUUACUUUGUAAGGCAUAGAAGUAAGAUUUAUUCAUUUAUUUUUUGUACUCAUUAGAGUUUUUUAUAUAACUAUUGUAUGAUUGACGGGUGUUAAAAACACAAAGAAGGCGUAGCCGAGUGCCAUAAUGCGUGUUUGAUACCUAGUUAUAUUCGGUCGUAUUUAUCUACAGUCCCUAUACCUGUGCUAAAAUUCGCUUUUCAAGGGUAUGAAAACCAGUUUCUUACCUAGAUAUGAAUCAGUAAAGCUUUUUAUAAUAACAUCAUUUAACCAUGUUGUGGGUCUACCUCAUAGAUAACUAUAGUCUCGGUUCUCUCAGGGUUAUGGACCAAUCCUAUAGCUGUAGAUAAAUUUUUUAAUUAUUGUCUUUAAAAUUUAGUAUUACUUUUCUUUGUAUUAGAUGACUACUUGAUAGUGGUAGCUGCAUUUUUGUUCAUUGCUUGUUUUUACUUUUUUGCUCUCUGUUGCCAGUGUUUGUAUUUUGUUUGUUGAAAUAUUGAUAUAACAUAUAUGUUAGUGUAAGUUGUCUGUGAUACACUUAGAUACAUAAAUGUUACAGAAGGUAUACAAUACAAGUGGUGAUUAAAUGACGUUUUGAGUUA